AUGAAAGAUGUCGUCGAUAAUGAAUUGAAAGGUGUUCAGGCUGAGUGUAGCGAGCUUAAGAAGCGGGUUACUGAAUUAGAAGAUGGACAUAAGGUUAUGUGUGAAAGGGAGAGGAAGCAACAGGAACAGAUUUUGUACUUGUCGAAUGUGAAAGACAAGUGUGAGCAGCUUGAGAGAAAGAACAUGGAAUUGGAGGUGGAGAAAGAUAGAUUAGAGGAGGAACUUGAUAAGAAAAAUGGGGAAUUGGAUGAAGAGAAGAGAAGGGAAUGUGUGGGUCUUGAGGACAAAUUGAAUGAUUUAAGCUCGAAGAAAGAUGCCGUUGAGAGGAAGAAUGGGGAAUUGGAGGUUGAGAAGAAUAAAUUGGAGAAGGAGCUUGAUGAUAGCAUGGCAGUGUGCAAUGACCUGAAAGAUCAGAAUGCUCAUCUGCAAGCGCUUAUGACAGACAGUGCGGAUUUGGAUUCUUCAGAAAAUGAUGCUUCUGACAAUGACGAAGAGAACAACAGUAGAAAUGAGGAAAGUCAGACUGGAACUGGAAAUGAUAGUGAAGAAAUAAUGAGUGAGUCUAGAAGCAGAAGUAAAGAAAUCAUGAAUGAAACUAGAGGGGAAAAUGAAGAGUUUAUGAGUGAAAGAAGCAGCGGAAGUGAAGGGAAUCAAGGGGAACCUUCAGCGGACUCAGACGAAGAAGCUUUACCAACUGCUGGAAUCAUGAGCGAGUCUAGAAACAGAAGUGAAGGAAUCAUUAGUGAAACUAGAAAGGAAAGCGAAGAAUCUUUGAUUGAAAGAAGCAGCGGAAAUGAAGGAAUUCAGCGUCAAGCUUCAGUCGACUUAGAUGAUGAAGCUUUACCAGAUGUUGGGGGUGAUCAAAAUUUCCCUAUAGACAUCGAAUCUGAUAGUGUCGUUGAAAUCAGUGACAGUGAAAAUGAUGAUGAUUCACCACCUAAUUAUAGACUUGACGAACGUCUGAUUAGUUGCAAGAAGAAGUUUCCACUUAGUUCAACAUCCAAGCGAAAGUGGGGUGCAGAAACAGGAACUAGUGAAAUUAAGACUGAGGAUGAGGAUAAAAGGAAGAAACUUGAUGCAGGGAAAAAUGUACUUCUUGAACUCUUCUCUUUGGAGAUGCAGACUCCUAGUGUUAGAUUUUCGUCCGCAAUAGCUUUCACACUAUUAUUCGCUUUAGCUCCUGCCACUUCAUUCUCUUCCCUUGUCACAACUGUUGCAUUUAGCUCCUGUCACAUACGAUUUUGGGGUGCCUGGGUUUCUGUUCAGUUGUCUUUUCCAAAUCAGAUGUUUUCGGAGGAUGAACAACCUUGUUUGAGGCGGAACAUUGAAGCUAUUGAAUCCAGCUAUCCUGUUGUUACUGUAAAUUCUGUUGCCCACAUUUGGGGGUGCAAGCUCCUCAUACGUGUUCUCAUUUCUUUGCUUACAGGUGACGCUUUCACUGUUUCUGAAGUAGCUUCACCAGUAGUUGCACCCUGA